CUCUUCGAAGUGAUAUCAGACUUGGAAUGAACCUCUGUGUUCUUGGUGUAGUUACUCACCAAGCACUGAGACUUUGCAGAGUCAUCCAGGAAUGAAACUGCACUUUGUGGAGCUGUACUGGGGUUACUGUCUGCAUGGAGGGCUCUGGUGCUUGUUUCUGGAUAGCUGCAAAUGAGUAGCUCCAAGCAGGGCUUUGUGCUUGUGUUGUGUGUUCUCAGGUGGCACAGAAGUGCUGCUUUUAAGUGUUUGGCAUUCUUUAGUCUAUCUUGUCUGUCUGAUGCACCACCCUCAUUCUCUUCCAACUCCAGCAGAAAGGUGAGAAGAACUGAGAGCUGGGAAUACAUACCAAACCUGCCUACCUGUGAGCCUGCAGAGAGAAUACCUGUUUCUGAGAGGAAGAGCAAAGAAACCUAAGUGCAGAAACUGAUGGACCAUUACAUCAUCCAAAAUGAGUCUAUUCAUGCGUUUCUACUGGAAACUAGCAUGUCUUGAAGAGAGAAGAAUUCGCUGCUGGAUUGUCUUGAGCAUUACCUGUGGUGCAGCUUCAGGGAGCAGCUCGGUUUACCUGACUUGAAGAGUCUGAUGUGCAGCAAGCCAAAGGGACAUGGGCUUUCAGUGCACCUGGAAAAAUGAUCAGGUACUGGCUCCAUGCAUCACAUCUGAAUUGCCGUGUUCUUUAAGUUCCAGCUCAGCCCAUCUCCUUGAUGCACACUCACGGCAUCAUGGCCAGUACUCAGGAUCACCUGAGCUUGUCUUCCUCUCCAAACUCCAUCAGCAAAGCUUUCUGUGAGGAUAAAGACUUUGGUAGGCUACAUGAUGAACGUGGGUCUACUGGAAACCACCCGUCCCCCGAGCUCAUAGAGGAUAUGCGUGAGAAGGGCUUGCUGCAGACGGACCUCAUGGACAAUAUGAACAGCCCGGUCACUGCAGCGGUGCUGACCAGCAUCAGUGAGGACUCUAGGGACCAAUUUGAGAACAGCGUGCUGCAGCUAAGAGAGCAGGAUGAAUCUGAAACGGCCAUUCCUCAGGGCAACAGGAGCACUAUGGAUGGAGAGAGCAACAGCGGGGCGGACGAUGUGAAAGUGCAGUUCAACAGAUCAGGCAGUGGGAGCGGUGGAUUUCUAGAGGGACUUUUUGGCUGUCUCAGGCCUGUGUGGAACAUCAUAGGCAAGGCGUACUCCACGGACUACAAACUGCAGCAGCAAGAUACAUGGGAGGUCCCAUUUGAGGAGAUCUCAGAGCUGCAGUGGCUGGGCAGUGGUGCACAGGGAGCUGUUUUCCUGGGCAAGUUCCGGGCUGAGGAAGUGGCCAUCAAGAAAGUGAGAGACCAGAACGAAACAGACAUCAAGCACCUGCGGAAACUCAAACACCCCAACAUCAUUGCCUUCAAGGGAGUCUGCACUCAAGCUCCAUGCUACUGUAUUAUCAUGGAGUAUUGUGCACAUGGGCAGCUCUAUGAGGUCUUGCGAGCAGGGCGGAAAGUCACUCCUCGGCUGCUUGUGGAUUGGUCCACUGGGAUUGCUAGUGGGAUGAAUUAUCUGCACCUUCACAAAAUCAUCCAUCGAGACCUCAAGUCACCAAAUGUUUUAGUUACACAUACGGAUGCAGUUAAAAUCUCAGAUUUUGGUACCUCUAAAGAACUCAGUGAUAAAAGUACCAAAAUGUCUUUUGCGGGAACUGUGGCUUGGAUGGCCCCGGAGGUGAUACGCAAUGAGCCUGUUUCUGAGAAAGUGGAUAUCUGGUCAUUUGGAGUAGUUUUGUGGGAGCUGCUGACAGGAGAGAUUCCCUACAAAGAUGUGGACUCCUCCGCCAUCAUUUGGGGAGUGGGCAGUAACAGCUUGCACCUUCCUGUUCCUUCCACCUGCCCAGAUGGCUUCAAAAUCCUCAUGAAGCAGACCUGGCAGAGCAAGCCCCGGAAUCGUCCCUCCUUCCGACAGACACUGAUGCACCUGGAUAUUGCAUCUGCUGACGUACUAGCUACUCCUCAGGAAACCUACUUCAAAUCACAGGCUGAAUGGAGAGAAGAGGUGAAGAAGCAUUUUGAGAAGAUUAAAAGCGAAGGAACCUGUAUCCACCGGCUAGAUGAAGAAUUGAUUCGCCGUCGAAGAGAGGAGCUGAGGCACGCGUUGGAUAUCCGUGAGCACUACGAGCGGAAGCUGGAGCGAGCCAACAACUUAUACAUGGAGCUCAGUGCUAUUAUGCUGCAGCUGGAGGUCCGUGAGAAGGAGCUCAUAAAGAGGGAGCAAGCAGUGGAAAAGAAAUAUCCUGGGACUUACAAACGCCACCCAGUCAGACCAAUAAUCCACCCCAAUACAGUGGAGAAGCUGAUGAAGAGGAAAGGGGUGUCCCAUAAACCAGGCAGCCAGACUAAGCGACCAGAUCUGCUGAAGUCGGAGGGCAUACCCAGUGCAGAAGCAGCAUCCAAUGGCUCACCAGUCUCAGGAAGUCCCAAAAUGUCAACGCUGAGUGGCAAAAGUCGCUACCGCAGUAAGCCACGUCACCGCCGGGGGAACAGCAAAGGCAGCUACAACGAUUUUGCAGGGAUCUUGAAAAACCAGCCUGUGCAAGAUGAUGCACCCCCACCUCCACCUCAUAAUCAUUCUCAUCACCCCGGUCUACCACAGCAGCAUGGCCACGGCCAUCACUCACGGCUUCAUGCCCACGGACAGGAUAUUGCCAACUGUGCAAACAACUUACGGUACUUUGGCCCUGCAGCAGCACUGCGGAGCCCGCUCAGUAACCAUGCACAAAGGCGGAUGUCUGGUUCCAGCCCCGACCUCAUCUCCACUGCCAUGGAAGCAGAUUGCCGGAGGAAUCUAGAGAGCCAAGAGAGCAAAGAUGAUCACUGGGAGUGUUGCAAAACAGAUCAGUACAACUCCUGUCUCCAGUGCCAGGAAGAGGACAGUGGUCAGGUACAGAUGUCAUCUGUUGAAACAGGAGUGAGCCGUUCUCAGUCACCAACGGCUGUUUCCCUAUAUGAAAACGCGCAGUACAUUGAGAAGGUGGAGGAUGAGGACUUCAGCAACUGCACGUCAGCAUCUGCUCUAGGCACACCACAACACAUGGCGUCCUCAGUACUACCUUGCAAAGCAAGACCCAUUCAGAAGAGUGGCGAUGACUCCUCAGAAGAAGAAGAGGGCGAAGUAGACAGUGAAGUGGAGUUUCCUCGUAGACAAAGACCUCACCGCUGCAUUAGUAGCUGCCAGUCCUACUCGACCUUCAGUUCGGAGAACUUCUCUGUGUCAGAUGGAGAGGAGGGGAACACCAGUGAUCACUCCAACAGCCCGGAUGAGCUGGCUGCCAAGCUGGAAGAUGAGCUGGCUGAGAAGCUGGAGGACAUGUUGUCCCAGACUCCAGAGAUCCCCAUUGAAAUCUCCACCCAGUCCGACGGGCUUUCAGACAAAGAGUGUGCUGUGCGGAGAGUCAAGACUCAGAUGUCUCUGGGGAAACUCUGUGCAGAUGAACACAGCUGUGAGAACCCAGCACAGUUUGGAGAAUCAGACUGUGACUCUUCCGAAGGGGAGUGUUCUGAUGCCACAGUCAGGACCAAUAAACCCUGCAGCUCUGCUACUUGGAAGAGAAGAUGUUUCUCCUUCCCACCCCAGGAGUGAUUUGCAAUAACCCGAAUCUCUGGAAAAAAAAAAUGUCCAAAUGAAAUUAAUUCUCUUGGAGCAUUUCAAUCAAGAAUGGCAGGGAUGUAUUUUAUUGAAUAAUCUAGUUACUGUAACAUGGAUAUUUAUUUUUUUGACAUUUUAACACUUUUUACUGUAAAGAGUGGAUUGUAUUUAUAGACACACAGACUUGUUGCAAAAAAAAAAUAAUAAUAAUAAUUCAGAAAGCAAGCACAUUACAGAGAAACAUCGUGGGAGUCCUGCCUGGACAGCUUUAUGGACAGAGCGGGGGAUUCUCUUGCUGCUUUCACAGGGGACCAGGCCUCACGGCCCUGAAGAUUGGAGAACAGAUGAAGAAAAAUGAAACCACUCCGUCUUAUCACAUGAGGAAGUGUGGGGGUAUUAAAAAAAAAAAAAAAAAGGACCUUGCUGUCAAGGUAACCUGUGAACAAAGCGAAUUCAGUAUAACCAGCUGGGUCAUUUUUUAAUCAGAAGGUGGACGUGUUCCUGGAGAAAACUGGUACCGAGGUGCUAACAUCCAGGGUCUUCUGAGUCAAUGCAUCCCCAGGAAUGUAAUAAUGGGUUUUAUUUGAAGGGUUUUUAGUUUCUUUUUUUCUGUUUUGUUUUUUAAUCAACGUGUACGGUUGUGAGAUCCUGCAAAUGUGUUCUAACCUCGUCCUCUCAAGAAUUGGUGUAAGAGCACUUCUUAACAUCGUCCUUGCUUCGCUCUGGCAGUGUUGACCUCCAGUUGAGCAGGGAAUCCUCCUUCAGAUGCGGUGUGCCAUUUCCCAGUUUACUUCCUCCUCUUACCUCCUGUCUGUUUCAGUCAGCUAAAGAAAUCAAUCCAAUCAGUGUUGGAAAAGCAAGAACUUGGAGAGAACGUUCUGCAGAGCCCGAGCACUCUUCUGGGGAGGAAACUUGGAGAUGCCUGUACUGGACUUGGAGAAGCAGCCUCUCACCUACAGCAGCAUCAGUAACCAGCAGAGAGCUGUGUGUUGGGGGGGGAAAGACUGGGAAUCACUGGCCUAGAUCUGAGCAUCAGCCCUGCUUUGUCUCCUUACUGUAUGUUCUUGGAAGCAUUCACAGCCGCCUGCCCUUCAUGUCAGGCUUGGUGCAAAACAGGUUGUGCAGGGAGCCUUGAGGUACACUGAGGCCCCUGUUUCUUCUUUGAGCUGCAACUCUACAGGUGAAAGUGAGGAUAAUACCAGUAUGUGGACAGGCCGAGGCAUUGGCAGAUGAGAAAAGUUUGUUCUCUGAUAGAACUCAUAGUGCCUUCCCUUCAAACACUACUCUUCUAAAUUGAUAUUUAAAGAGAACAAAAAAGAGCAUGCCCUCCCCUCCCUUCCCUUUAGCUGAUCUUCCCCUCUAAGAGCUUUCACUCUGCCCUUCGUAGCGUGCUGGCUGACACAGCCCGUGCUGCCCUGCAGCCUGGCAUCACCAGCCUGAGAUGAACGGCAGGAAUGGACCAUGGACAGGUACUUCUGUUGCUUUGUUUGUUUACAUUUUAUGUUAAAAUAUUGCUUUGAAUUUAUCUGUGCUAAUUUAUAGCCUUGUGGCAAAAUGAAGGAAAAUGUCUUAUACAGAGAGCAGUAUUGUAUGAGUUAAAUUAUCCCAUAUUGUUAAAUUCUGUAGCUGGACUACACACAGAUCUUAAGUUAUGAUGUUAUUUUGUUAUUUAUUAUCAUUUCUGUAGAUCAGAAGGUUGGCUUCACUGCUAGCACAAUUGUAAUCUGUUUGUGUGACGUUACCUUCUCCCUGAUCGCUUGGGGGUGGGUGGGAGCAGAGCUGGUCUCAGUGGCUGUCAGUAGCUGCUGCCUCCCAUGGGUGCUGUCACCCUAGGGCAGGGAACCUGGCAUGGCUGGUCAGGUUGGGAUGGCUGCAGCCAGCCUGUGAGCCCUGGGAUAUUCCUUGUGGGGAUGCUGCAGUUGUUUGUGUUGCUGAUAGAGUUGGCAGCCUGCGAGCUGGUGGGGAACAGUGACCAGGGAGUGAGUGUCUGGUGGUGUUGGUCACAAAGGGAGUAACUUUACAGAUCAUCUGGCAAAUAGCGUUCAGAAGGGCAGGCAGAGAGGUGGGCAGUUACUGCUGGCACCCGGUGGGUCACUGCUGCAGGACUGUCAGGCUGUGGAGAGGAGAUCAGCUCACCCUGCCUGCAGCAGCAACGCUCAGCUUUGCACUGAGAGCAUGGAGGGGAGCGAAGCUCUUGUCUGGUUUGUUUCUUGUUUACUCUCUCUUCCAUCACUUGUUCCACCCAAAGGCCUCUCCCAUGGCUGGAGGCAUGAGGUGCUGGCGAGGCUUUGCUGUUGUGGUGAGGUUUUGGUGCAGAUGAGAUGGUACAGAUAGUUACCCAGCAAGUUGGAGUCCAGGGCAUGAGAACAGAGUGGUGCAGAAUUGUGCAUGUAGCAUAUGCACACAGAGAAAAAGAUCAAACUACUCCAUAAAGAGAGGUUGAGAACUACCCAUCACAUCUACUGUCGUACCCCCAGGCAGUCCUGCAGCAAUAGGCCCACGGCAGAGCUGCCUCCAGCUCAGGCCUAUCUCAGUCUCUGUGCAGGAACUUCAGUCUGUGCUAAACUCUAUCCCUACCAAAAAGAUCCUGCGGGGCUUUUGGUAGCCGUGGCCUCUGCUCAGAGCUUCACAGUGUGCUCAAACUCCUCUGGGCCUGCAGAGAUGCGGAUGCUUUGGUGUGUGGGAUGUGGGGACCUUCCUGCCCAGCUGUCCUGGGGGAGCAGCAUUUGCUCCCUAUCUCUCCCUGGGACACGCUGUCUCGUUUUGCAGCUGGAGGAGUAGAGCUGAACCCUUCUGACUGGCUGCUGCAAACACUGCAGCCACACUUGGGCCUGGUUUCUUUGCAUGCCCAGCUCAUCACACCGUUACAUCCAGCUUCUCCGCUCCUCGUAGCUGCUGCCUACUAUGCAGUGUCCCUCCGGGACUGCCACUAGGGCUGCCCCUUCCUCGUGUGAACACACAGCCCUGUACCCAUGGAGGUGUAAUCCCAGCCCUCUGCCUGCACACGCUCCGCAUGCUGGGCAGUGCAGGGGGCUGAGCGUUGCUCUGCGUGGCCCAGAUCUGCUCGUGGACGUCAUCUCCAUCGCUGCGGUUCUGUGCACUUCCUUGCAGUAAACACCGUGUUUGCAGGACAGAAGUAAACCGUGUUCCCUUUCCAGCAUCCUGCCUUCCCUGAGCCAGUUCUCGUGGCUGCUGACAGCUCCUGAACACUAGCCUAGAUCUUCUCCCAGUGCUGAAUGUUGCCUUCCCCACUGUCGUGUUAAGUAACCAUUUCAUCCUGGCCCUGUCCAGUAGUGUUCAUCUCUCUCCUCCCUGCUCUGCAGAUUCCUGAUACAAACUUGAUUUCUUUUUUUUUUUUUUUUUGUAUUGAACAGUGUACAGUGAUGGAAACAAGAAUGACUAUCAAAGCAAACAAUGCAUGGAAUAAAAAGCCAGUGUACUUCAA